CACACACUGGCACUUUUCAAAAUGUGUGUUAGGAAUAAUGAAACGUGCCGGUGGUCGGCAGGCGGCGACAUCCAAUUACGCGCGAGAAGGAUUGGAACAGAUUGCGCCAUGACGCCCAACAGAAGAGAACUUUUGUCCGCGCACGAAGGUAGUCAGCCCACUGGGGAAGUGUCCUGCUCCCACAUCCUGACGGAGGCGGACUGUAUCAACUCCAGCGUGUUCAGAAAAUAACGCAGCAGCUCCAGGAAGACACAGACUUUCUGCAACAACCCUCUCCCGACAGAGUCUGCAUUUAAAUCUCCCCUGACUUCAGUGGCAAAGAGGCAUUGUCGAUUCAUCUAGUUGAUUAGAGGAGCGCACCCCCUCCCUGCCAACACACACACGUCAGUCAUUGAAAUAAUAUACAGCAGCCUUCCCUCCGUCUCUCCUCCCUUCUCAACUCCAGCUGCUCUCUCCAUCUCCUCUCCUCAGCACCUCUCUCUCUCUCUCUCUCUCUCUCUCAUUCUCUCUUCUUUCUCUUUCUGGGGGGGAGAGCUGAUCUCUCUGGCGGUUUGCCGCAUGGAAGUCGCCCAUGCAAAGCUGAAUAUCAUCUGUGUGAUCCGGACGUUUCCCAUUCCGCCGCAAGAGCAGAGGCAGAGGCUCGUCCACCGGAAACCAACGGGACACAACGGGAUUUCUGCGCUGACCGGCUGUGAAGGGGGCGGGCGGGGAGGGGAGCCUCAGUCCCGGCUUCAUUCCAGCAGAGAGGAAGACAGGGGGGACUCUCAGUCAGAUGUAACAGCACCCACAAAUCACCUGCUGGAUCGACAAGUGCGCAAAGCCUCCUGCUGAAAGCAUUACGCGCGUCUGCGUUGCUUUCCCACUUACUUUCUGCUCUCCCGGUUCCCGGCACGGGCAGAGCCGGGGACGGAGGGGGGUUGGUGGAGGCUCUUUCUUGGCGUGGAGUCCUGGUUUUACUAAGGGACACAGAGGGACGCCUGACACCGAAAAAAACCGUCGCCCGACUGGAUUAUUAACGAGGCGGACACCGGCAUCAGCUCAGGGAUGCUGCGGCUGAGUUUGGGACUCUAGAGACCUCCUCAACUUUUCUUAGGGGGUUGGGGGGAGGUUUAGGGUUUUAACCUGUCCCCCUAUGAUCCUCUGCGUCUCUGGGACCUUUGUUAUACUUGCCGCUCUUCACAGUCAUGGACCAGUCGGCGUCUUUGGACAUAGAGGCGCUCAAGAUGACACAGGAGCAGUACAUCCUUGCAGCCCAGCCCAACCCUUUGCACCAUCGAGCAGCGUCAGUGUGCGGUGCGCAGGUUUACCCCGCAGUGGGCAUCUAUGGGUGGAGGAAAAGAUGCUUGUACUUCUUCAUCCUCCUCCUCCUCGUCACGAUGAUCGUCAACCUGGCACUGACCAUUUGGAUCCUUAAAGUCAUGAACUUCACUCCGGAUGGCAUGGGAAAUCUGCGAGUCACCAAGGAGGGAAUCCGACUGGAAGGAGUAUCAGAAUUCUUACUGCCUUUAUACAUCAAGGAGAUCCAGUCACGUAAGGACAAUCCACUCAUCCUUCAGUCAGACAGAAAUGUCACUGUCAACGCUAGAAAUGACCAAGGAAAGCUGACUGGGCAGCUAACUGUGGGUGCAGACAUGUUGGAAGCUCAGUGUCAGAGGUUUGAGGUGAGGAGCAGUGAUGGUGAAAGAGUUCUCUUCUCUGCGGAUGAAGAAGAGGUCAGCAUUGGCACUGAGAGGCUUAAAGUCACAGGGAAUGAAGGAGUGGUGUUCAGUCAUUCUGUAGAGACUUCACAUGUAAGAGCAAAACCUUUCCAAGACCUCAAGCUGGAGUCCCCAACUCGAACUCUGACUCUGGAGGCUCCCAAAGGGGUGGAAGUCAGUGCUGGAGUGGGAGACUUCACAGCAUCUUGUCGGAAAGAUCUCCUGCUACAGUCCUCAGAUGGAGAGAUCUUUCUGGAUGCCAAUACUAUCAAGCUAGGCAACAUUCCUCUUGGUAGUGCUGUGGACCCACUGGAAGGAGCACCUCCAGGCACCACCUAUACCAAACAGACUGUGUAUGAGCUGUGUGCCUGCGCCAACGGAAAGCUUUACCUCUCCCCAGCCGAAACAGGCUCCACCUGCCAAACCACCAGUAACUUUUGUCUGUGGAGCUGAAACUUGGAGGCUUAUGAAGAGAAAUGAACGUGUGGACCAUGGUGUAUUUAGCUAAUGCAACCAGCUGAUUAAGUCAACACGGUUCAUGGCCAGAGGGAGUCUUUUGCUAGCUGAAGGACUGGAGUUACAUGAAGUGAAGGAUGGCGAGAAGUUCAUGUUCUUUCAGCAAUCAAAUGACGUGGAUUACAGCUUGGCAGGAAGCUAAUGUUUGCUAACAGAUCAACACUGACUGGGGCCAAACGUCGAGCUUAUCCCAGCUAAGAAUGAAUCGCCAUGGACUGCGGCCUGUGCAAGGCAGAUGCCAUCUCACUAAAAGAAUAAGAACUGAUCAGACACCAGUAAAUGCAAGAGAUGGUUUGGUACAAAGACUUCAGGUGGACAAAAACAAGCAGGUAUAGCCUGGGGGCUGACCUUUCAGUUUAAUAGUUAACGCCAUAAUGAUGUAUCAAAGUAAGAGGAAUUGCCCCAAGAAGUAUGACCAAAAUCUCCAGGAAAACACGCUUUUGUUCUCCUAUUCCUUUUUUUUUUUAACCAACAAACAGAUUUUCAGAUAAAUUGCAAGCCCAUUGGAGACAUGGAGAUGAAGUGAUCAGUUGGACAUCAGACAUCAGCUGGGAUGUUGGCUAAGCUCUAUGGGUAGCUAAUCAAUAAAUCAGUUCAUGGUUUUGUCUUGUGGGAAGCUGAGGCUACCUAAAGGACCAAUGUAUACCAGAAAGGCCUUCCCCUACUUUUCCCCUGCUCUUUCCAGCAACACAAACACACUUGAACCAUUUUUCUGCAUCAGUCUGAACCUGAAACACGACAAAGUUCCUAAACUUUUCUUUAAAAAGGGUAUCCAACAAAACUGAUUGUGGCUAAUCUCUUUAUUCUGUAACUGCUCUGAUUUUUCAAAUGCUCUUUUCUUUUUUUAUUCCUUUUUUUCCCCAAGAUUGAGCCUUUAUGACUGAAAUCUUUCUCGUGCACUUUAGGUGUUUAGAUUUCCCCCCUUAUCUCCCAUUCUCUGUCUUUGAUCUUUUGUUCAUGUUGUAGUUAUUUUCUUCUGUCUAUGCAACAAGUUGCACCGGAAAGAAAAGGUCAUUUUAAUCAAUCAAAGUAGGAUGGGAAAAGGAAAGGAAAAGAACAAUUGUUUUUUUGUGUUCAGGCAAGGAACCAGCUGAGCCAGGUUUCUCAUUCUUUUUAAAUUCUUCUUUAUUACUGUCUAGAUAUUUCGGAAAUUGGAUUCAUUAAAAAAAAAAAUUAGGAAUGGAACGUUAACAGUUGUGUGAAGAGUGUCUUAAAACUGGGUAAAAACAACCUGACAUGAACAGAUUCCCUUUCUAUUCAUCAUUGAGAUUAAAAAUGAGAAAAGUGUUGAUAAGUUCAUGAUUUAGUGGCCUGUUUAAUAAUGUUUAUCAGUAAUUAUUCUUUUUUUUUUUUUUAAACUAUGCCCUGCUGUGCUUUUAAUGUAACACUAGUCUUUUAAGGUCAGGCCACAAAAUCCUAAUAAAGUUGUGGUCUGGGUUUUAGGAACAUGCUUAUCUAGUGUCAUUGCUCCUUUGAUGGGUUUGGACCUUUUCACGGUCUAUUUAAACUCAAACACAAGCGGAACUGCUGCAGAUAAAAUUGUAAUUUCUCUGCCUCAUAUAGGCUCAGUAAAUCCUAGAUUUUGCUACAAUUUCAUUUAGUUCAAUGCAGUCAAGAGUCUUUGGGGACUGGCUAUUGAUGAGGGUGAGGCACAAACGCAAAGCGAAUUGAUCAAAAAGCAGCUUCAUGAAGAUCAAGCUUAUAUUUAAAUAAAUGUGAAAUAGUCAAACCGAACGUCCUGUCAAGAUUACUGUAAAAAAUAACAAGGACAGCUAAGAAAACUUAACAAGCCAGCCCUAAGAAAGAUGUGUGAUGAAUAACAGGUGAGUCUACACAGGAAGUAAACCUAGAUAAACCACUUUUCAGAAUAAAACCACGGUCAACCUUUAACUGUAGAAACAAAUGUUCUGAGCUCUGUGAUCUCUAGAAAGGAACAGGAAAACAGGAAUGCCCUAAAUAAAUGACCUAAACAGGACUUUAAAAAGAUCCAUCCACACUAAAAACUCUCAUGCAAAUGAAUGCUGGAAACAUCGGCAAGCCUUUACGUUUCUGCUUAUAGUUCAUUGUUUUUUAUUUAUAUGGUGCCUUAACAUGACUAAAGUCAAACAAGGCAUCGUACAGGAAAAUCUACAAGCAAUAAAAAUAUCAAUUAAAAAGUUAAAAGAAUUUAAAAGGAAGAAAUUAAAAAUACUGCAAUAGUAAAACAAGGACAUUGAUAAAAACAAGAGCAAGUAAAAAAACAAAAAAAAGCCCCAGUAGAGCAGAGUCUUGUGCCUGGCAAUAAAAAUGUGUUCUUAGAAGUGUUUUUUAAAUGGACAGUGAGGAAGCCUGCCGGAUGCUCAGUGGUAACACGUUUCACAGAUUCAGUGAACAUAUUGAAAUUGCUUGUUCCCUUCUGAGCUUCCUAUUGGACUGUGCUACUUGAUCCACUGACCUGAAGCACUGGGUUGGAGUGAGAAGCUCAGAGAGGUAUGGAUUAUUUAAAGAUUUCAACCAGAACCCGAGUAGCUGCGUUCUAGUGUUCUGGGGCGACGGGGUAAUCUAGCCUCGAUGUAAUGAAGACAUGGAUUUUUGUCUCAAAACAUUUUGAGACAAGUUUAUGUAAACUAGAGCUGCAUAUUAAACUUUUAUGACCUUAGCAAACUACACUUUAGGAAAAAGAAAAACAUCUACAGGUAAUUGUAACGCUUACAAAAUAAAAUAGGAAAUCAAAUGACUAAACUCGAAUAGCUCUGUCACUAUUGUUUACCAAAUCAUUAUGGUAACAGACUGGCGAUCUGUUCAGGGUGUAUCACCCAACCGUUUCCAGGUCAGACUUUGGCAGCCCCGUAACAACCAAAUAUGUUACAGGAGGUUAAGGAAAUGAAUGGAUGUUGUCAUCAAAGCAAAGGUUUAAAAGUCAAAGAGGAAUAACUGUAGCAGCUGCUCCACUUGCCAAGUCAGCCAAGCAUUUCACCAGUGCUGUUAGAUUUACAGCUCCAUCAUUUUUUAUUUUUUAUUUUUUUGUUCUCUGCAGAUGAGUCUUAAGUUGACACAAUGCCUGUGAACCAUCAAGUUUAUGCUUUGGCUUUGUCUUAAGUAGGAACUGAUUUGGGACACAAAAAGAAACAAACUCCACUUUCCCAUCCUUGGUAGCAGUAAGUUUGCAGCCGACCACUUGUUUGAAUAACUCCCAUAAGAUUCAUUGGUCACGCCAAACGAUUGCUUGUAAGUCUGGCCCUAAGAAGAUUUAGUUGUUGGUCAGAAGUAAUCGUCGAUUUAUAGUCAACAACAGUUAAAACAUCUCAAACUUGCUAUACCAUACAAGUGUUACUUUUAUCAAAUAGGCCAUACUUACCAAUAAUAAGCUGACAAAGUGCAAUAAUGCAGAAGUGUGUUUGGAAAUACUCUAGAUGUGAUAUAGGCUAGUUUUUUUUACAACUUUUAUUUCACAUUAAUGAUGCAAUUGAAAAUGCCAUAUUCCCUUCAAGUAAGGUUGUAUUUGCCUAGUUUUAAGACCUGAAAAAAAAUCCUAUUAUUUUCAAUCUUGUACUUAGAAAUGAUCCGCAUUCUGUAUUCCAGCUGUAAACCAGGGGAUGAUGCCACAGCAGGCAACACAUUUUUUCUACUCUGUGACUAAACUUUCCAUUGCAGAAUCUUCAGCGAUGACCGCACCACUUUCUUUCAUUUCAUGCUAGGCUCCCUGCUUGUAAGUUUGCUUUUCUUUGAAAGACCGUCUGCUUUUCUUGCACACUUAUUUUUCCUACUUUAACAUUGGCCCACUCUUCUGGCUUUUUCUUUUUUGUUUUUUAUUUUGUUCGCCUUUCAAUCUUUAUUCUAGAUUUUUUCUACUUAGCCUUCUUCUGUGGGUUUUUUUUAUCCUUUGUUUUUUCUUCAUCUAUCUAUUUUCCAUCAUUCUUCAUAUUACAGAUCCAAAUUUUAUUUGAAAAUCCUUUUUGUUCUGCUCUCAUUCUACACUGCUCUUGUGAAGUCCAUGCUCUACUUUUUUUACAUUGAGUUUAUCUGCUUCUCUCAUGCAAUCUAUAAGUCAACAUCUUGAAACAGGCAGUAACAGGAGAAACUGAGGAACUUAAAACGUGUCUAAAGCCUGGUGGAGAGUGUGAUUUGGCUUUGAGCUAGCUAACCUUGACAGCAACAUCGGCAUUAGCUCAAAUAGUCGUAUCUGCCAGGAGUCAUUCUCUCCAUGAAAGUUCUGUUGUUUGUGACGGAUCCACAAGAAAAAGUGUAUUUUCUUGAAACAGGUGUCUUUGCUACUCUUAGUGAAAGCACACAAAAGUGUGAAGAUUCUCAAUAUUCAUAUUAGACCAUCUUAAAGUGUUUUGAUAACAUGCAAGCAACCUGCCAGCCUUUAUCUGGUUAUUUAUUUGUCUUUCCUUUCCUUCUCUCUGCUUCAGACGCCCUACCUAAAAAGAAAGAAAGAACAAGAAAAACAAAUCAUUCAACCUUCAUUUAAAGUUUAAGUUUUGUAAAUGAUUUUCCCUUAUAGUUCAUCCAUUUGAAUAAAAAAGCACAAAUUAUGCUGUGUAUAUAAUACCAAUAUGAUACAAAAUAAAAUGUUUUUAAUGAGAAUUUCUGGAUUGGAGUUUUUACAUUGUUUAAAAUGUUUGCUUUAUAGUCCCACUUCAAUCAUCUUUUGAUCUGUUGUAAAAGUGUUUCCAGUGGCCUUUUAACUAAGAUGAUACAGUUUUGAGGCAAAAACCUAAAAAUGUGUGUUGUUAGGACAUAGUUUUUGCAGUGCAGCAGGAAAAUUAGAAAAUUAGAAAUUUGCCUCUGAGUUGUGGGCGAGACUGUUGGCAUGAAGCUAAUUCCAGUUAUCCCUUCGUUUACACUCUCUUCCACUAGCUCACAGCCCCUCACAACCCCAAGCUAACGUUAGAAGAACAACAAAAAUGAUGUGCCACACCUGAGCUAUCAAGACACACAGUUUUUAGCCAGGUGCCAGCUUGGUUAAGGAAAGUGAGGACGUUAAGGCAUUAAAUUGUCUACAAGUGGAUGCAUUGGAAUGGAGGAAUGGAGCAGGGAGCUUGAGGCCCGCCAAUUGUAGUUUGUACCUAUGUAACAAUAAGCCUUUUCAAACUGCCUUUUUUUCAUCUGCU